UACAAAAAAAAUAAAAAGAAUUUAAGCAAAAUUAAAGGAAAUUAGUUUUAAUCAUAGAAGAUAUAAAAAAUAAGUUUUUUAAUGAUGGUAAGAAGAGGUAGUAGUAAUCUUGCGCCUACAUUUUUAAUACUUUUAUUAAUGAUUUGUUGUAUAUUUGGAUAAGGUCAAAACACCUUUUUUUCUUAAGAUUAAAAUAUUCCUUAUUAAAUAGAUAUAUCUUCAAGUAAAGGAUAAUAGUUUUUAGAAUUAACAUUUACAAACAAUUUCAUACAACUUAAUUAAUCGAAAGACACCUUUUUAUGCUUUUUAGUUACUAAAGAUAAAGUAUCAAUAAUAGAUUAGCAAUCUAUUUAUUCAAUAGAUUAGCUUAGUUCAAUAGACUUUUAAAAUUGUUUGCUUUAACUUGAUCAAACGGUAUUAGUAGAAUUAGAUCCAGCAAUUAAACAAGUUUAUAUAAAUCCUAUCUUUAUUGAUGAAUUAAAACAAAUUAACUUUUCAAGGCUUGUUCCUAUUGAAACAUAAUUUAAUGCUAAUUUCAUUAAAAAAGACGGUCUUUGCCCAGAAGUUUGCAAUGGAGCUACUUGUAAUUCUUUGAGCGAGCCAUCUUUUAACCUAUAAAAUGUGUGCCAAACUUGUCCUAAUUAUUAUAUCGGAUAGUACUGUCAGCUAAAUUAUUAAAUAUACCAAAUAAAUAACUAGUACCAGUUUACAUUUUCUAGUAAGAGAUGGAAAUUCAUAAGAGUAUAGGUUAAUGUCCCUACUAAAUUAAACGCUAAUUAUCAUAUUGUAAUGAUUUAAUAAUAAACAUUACUUUAGUAAAAUUUUAGCUUGCUUUAUUCCCAAUAGAUUAGAUUUAAAUCUAAUUAAGAAGAUGCUUCUUAUCCAAUAAUUGGAUUUGAUAAUUCUUAGGUAAGAAAUUCAAGUAGUACUUUAGAUGAAUCUUUAACCAAAGAAUAUAUUUCAUCUGUUGUUUAGUAAAGCUCAAUAGCAAGUUAAAAUAUUAAUAACUAGACAUAUGAAAUCGUCUUUUAUAUUAACCUUUUUAAUAACGGAUAUCAAGAUUUUAAUGUUGAAUUUGCUUUUUAUGAUGAUCAAUCUUAUUAAAAGUAUCAACUCUAGUACAUGAAUUUAUUUGAUUUGCCUUCCUGGGUUUUCUAUCUUAUGAUGGGGUUCGCUAUUUUGUUCUUUAUUGCUAUCCUUUGCUUAGUCAAGGCUCUUGUCAAAAGAUAUUAGGAUGAGCAAAGCUAAAGAGCUCUUUUAAAUCGUAGGAAUCUUGAGAAAUUAAAUCCCGAAAUUGUUGAAUCUCAUAUUCCGAAGUAUACUUUCAAGCAUAUUUUUAAAGCUGUGAAAAAGAGAAGAGAUGAAAUUCUUAAAGAAUGUUAGUAAGAGCAGGCUGUACCAUCUCAACCAAGGAGCCCAGAAGAAGAGGAAAAAAGAAGAUAAGAAUAAGAAGAAAUGUGUAGAAAAGUGUAGGAGAGAUGUGAAAAUAUUUUAGGAAAUGGGGAAUGUGGUAUUUGCUUAUGCAAUUUUGAAUACGAAGAUGAGUGUAGAUUAACAAUAUGCGAUCAUAUUUUUCAUAUUGCAUGUUUCGAUCCUUGGUUGUAUAAAAAUUAAAAUUGCCCUUAUUGCAGAACACCAAUCACUGAGGCAGCCCUUAAAGAAUGGAAGCUUAAAACGAUAAAGUAUUAUCCUCUUGACUAGUCACUAGGUUCUGUAGCUACUAUCGAUAGCAAAAAAUUGAAUAAAUCUGACAUUGAUUAAGAAAAAAGUAAAUUACCCAAAGAUAAUCAGUAAGAUGAACUAAAACAUAAUGAAUAAGAGAAUUGCAAGAAAGAUAAAACUUAUGAUGGAGAUGUAUUUUCAGCUGAUUUGGUCAAGAAAGAUAUAAUAAACUUAAAAGUAGAAAAAAAACCAAUAUAUUUCCAUACUCUUAGUCUUCAAUCAUUAAAACAAGCAGAAUCACCUCAGCACUAAAGAGAUGUUCGCAUUAAUAAAAAACAUGCAACAGUAAAACUAACAAAAGACACAAUUUAAACCCUAGAAAUGUACUUUAAUAAAUCUUAAAAUUAAGAUUAAAAUAAGAAAUCAGAAAAUGAUGUUUAAAGAAAAAAAGAAAAGGCAAGUACUUUUGUUAAUCCAGCAAAUUAAAAUUAUUACAAUAACGAACCUAAGUCUGCUCACCUGGCUAAAAUUAUGAGAGGACAUGAGCAUGUUUAUUAAGAUACAUAUGCUACAGUUAAUUAAAAUUCUCCUGAAACAUUUAUUUAACCCUUCAAGCCAGUUUUUGACUUUAAGUAGAACUUGAAUAACAUUAAUGAAAUAGAUAGCUCUGAAGCUUCUACAAGAAUAAGAUAAGAUUCUCAUAUUUAUUCAUUAAACGAACCCUUUUCUCAUAAUAAAUUAUUUUAAAAUCAUGAUUCUUCUAACAAGUUGGGCAAUAAUUUAAAUUAUAAUUUAAAUUUGUAGGAUAGUAUACUUAAAAUAGGAAUGAUUGAGUCUCCUAGAGUGGAAUAAGUUCACGAUAAGCAAAGUAAAUCAAGUAAGUUCAAGUUAACUCAACGGGGAUUAGAAUCUAACUAAGAUUUAUAAUCAAUAAUUGAUUUAGAUAAUGAAGAAAAAGAUAAUUAUCAAAGUAAUAAUAAACUCUAAAUAGAAAACAAAAUAGGUUAAGUUGAACAUUUAAUUGAUUAAUAGUAGUAAAAAAAUUAAUAGCAAAAUAUCAACAUAAACCUUAAAAAGCAGUAAAGUGCUAAUUUAGAUUUUAGACAUACCAACUUUUUUCAUAAUAGAGAAUAAGAUAAGCAAGAAUAAGAUUAAAUUGAAUAUGAAAUUAAUUUCAUCAAAAGCAAAUCCUAAAAAAGUUAAACUCUCACUAGCUUUUCUCCUGUUAAAUUAUUUGAUAAAAAUAAAGGCUCAACAACUAAAUCAAACAAUAAUAUUGACAAUUUAAAAUUUAAUUGA